UUGGAGCUGAGAGAGAGGGAACAGCACUUCAUUACAUCCUGAACACCAGCGGGGGAAAUAUUCACCUGUGCGCUGCCAGGACGAAUUCACAAGGAUUUCCAUUAAUUUUUAGCAGACUCUGCCUUAAAGGCGACUGAGGGACACUUCAAACAAGAAUUUCUGUCGGACUCCUGACCUGUCCUGUAGCCAAAUAAGUUUUUAUUCUUUAAAUGAGAUUCUUUUAGCGAGAUUUUCCUACGAAACUGACCUUUAUUUGAAGUUGCUGUUUCUAAACCGUAUUUAUUUUGGCGAGACUGCGUGACUGGGGUUCUAGAGGAGCGUGAUCAACCAUGGCGAGACAUGAGACCCGAAUCUGGCUUGAAUGCACAAAAAUGAUCGGACUCCUCUGCUUGGUUUCGUCGAUACUUCUACAGCACGGAGCAUCAGGCCAGCGUGUCAAGGUAGAGCCAGAGGUGUCCUCAUAUCCUGGCCAGACAGUGAACCUGCGCUGUGCCUUCACUGAUCCCACUGGGGUGCAGCUCUCAAUGGUCACAUGGAUGUAUGUGCCAGAGCCAAGCCUAGAUCCAGUCAACAUAGCUGUGUUUCUCCCCGGUAAUGAGCCCAGCUACCCCGACUCACCUGUGAAGGGAAGAGUGAGCUUCGUACCCAGUCCUCCAAACAUGGCCAGCCCUUCUAUCCAGAUUACCAACGUACGGAUAACGGAUGAGGGGAAGUACGCCUGCGAAUUUGCUACCUACCCUGGUGGAAAUGUGCGUGGCACCACGCAAUUGGUCAUGCUGGCUAAGCCUGAGAACUCAGCCUCUGCUGUAAGAGUGGUCGCUGGCACUAAGCCAGUCGCCGUGGCACAGUGUCAGUCAGCGAAUGGACGCCCUGCUGCCGAGAUCUCCUGGGCAACUGCAGCCAGUGGCAAUUACACAACAAAGUCCAAGACAGAGACCAACAAUACAGUGACAGUGACCAGCCAGUACAUCAUGGUCCCCACACCAAACGACAAUGGAAAAGACAUCAACUGUAUCGUAUCACACAGGACCCUGGUCAAACCAGAGAACUUCAAGAUGAAGUUAGAAGUUGAAUAUCCUCCCCAGGUAAGCAUAGUGGGCUAUGACAACAACUGGUACAUGGGUCGGACAAAUGUGGAGCUCACCUGCCAGGCUAGUGCAAACCCCUCUCCAACCUCUGUCCUCUGGAAGUCUAUAACAGGAGACCUUCCAGCUACAGUGGAACAAAAUGAAAAUGUGCUGAAGGUACUGAAGGUAGAUGAGACUGUCAACGCCACUUUUAUCUGCGAGGUUGCAAACCGCAUCGGGACGGUCAAAGAACAGGUCGCGAUCCUGGUCAGAGAGCCCCCAAAGAACCCAUCUAAUGCCGGCGUGGUGGCGGGAGCUGUGAUUGGCUCCCUGCUGGCCCUCCUUUUGGUCGCUGCUCUCAUCGCCGUGCUCGUCACCCGUAGCCGCAGGCAGCAGCAGGGUUACCGUGCCAAUGGUGGCAGUGACAUGAAGACACGCAUAUUUGGGGCCGGCAAGAAGGCCAGCAAGAAUGGCACAAACGGGGGUGCAGGAAGCGGCGGCGGUAACAACAAUGGCCCCAUCUACGUUUAUGAGAGCUCAUCCCAUCAGGGCCUUGGAGAGAAAAACAACCACCAGCUGAUUACCAUGGGAGGCCGCCCUGAAGUUGUGAGCACCACACCCACUGCCCAAGACAUCCUACUAAGCAAUGAGUUGGACGACGCAGAGAGGAGGAAGUUUGAUGAGCUUGAGGAGGAAGAGAAGUAUGAUCACUACAGCGGAGGCGCUCCUAUCCUUCAGCUUCGCCCAUCGCACGAUCAGGAGAUGAUUGGAGAUUACCUGGAUGAUGACAUGGAGUCCCAGCGUGAUGGCUCGGUCAUCUCACGGACUGCAGUUUAUGUAUAGAGGAGGAAGAGGAGGAGGAGGAGGAGGAGGAGGCGGUGGUGACAAAAAGGCGUGCUGGAGAAUUCCUCCUUAGGAUUUUGUGGCUCUGGGGUCUUGUCCCUCUCUGAUGGUGAAAAGAAAAUAAUACCACUUUUAUUUUUGACAAAAAAUUUGAUUUUAAAUAUAGCCUAUCAUUAACCACAGUGGACAGAAUGAAAAGCACGGUGUGGUAGGAUACUGUAAAAGGAUUGUUGUUGUUAUCCGGUCCCUAAGAACUGAAAAUCAAACAGAGAAAAGAACAACAUGCCUCCCACCGCAUCUGCUCGUGCUCUUGCUAUCACUGGGACCUUGCCUAUUGACAGACAGACAGACUAAAAGAGAAACAAUGUAGUGUGGGAGUAGGUUCAUGGAAUUAUGAUACAAGCUUGGUGAUAGAAGAGGCAUCUCACUUGUAUAUUCACUGUUAUCUUCACUAAAACGGUAGCAGUGGAAGGAGUUGUCAAGCAGUUACGUGCUGCCUGCAAAUCUCUGUACUUCUGUAGGAAACUUUUUGUUUUGGCAGUGUGUCGAGCUGUAACAUCUGGUGGGAAGUUGAAGGACAUCGUUAUGAGUCAGUUUGAAAGUAUAGACAGUAACCAUCAGGUAAUUUAGUGACAGUAAAAAUGUAUUUGCUUAUGUCUGCUGGUGAGUUCUCUCUGCUCUCUCUGCCUUCCUCUCAAAACAACUCUGCCAACUAUCAUAGGCAGUAGACACUCUCAAAUUGAACCUAGCAAAAUUUAAAGAACACGAGGUCCUUGUGUGCUGAGCAAAUUGAAAAGCAGUUAGAAUUUAACAAAGUAAGUUUGUAGAGAGUUUGAACCAAGUUCCUAACAAGGUAUUCGCAAGCAAACUUUUGCACUGUGCCUGGAGGUAAGAGACAGUAAACAAGAGAUGAGGGAAUGAGGUGUAGCUGAUCUGACAGGGUCAAAGGAUGGGGGAGAGGGAUUCAGGAGGCAGGAGGACUAGAAAGGAGCGUGUCUCUUCUUUUCUCUUCCUCCUCAUCUAUUCAGAGCGCUCCUGACAGGAAGAGCUUGAUUGGUAAUGAGCCGUGAAGUCCGCUCGCUUAGCCGGGACCAACAGAUUGCCACCACUUAUCGUUUAUGACGUGGCGAUUCUACUCCCCCUCCCACCUCUGUCUCUCCAUCAUGCCUCCGUCUCUCUUCCUCUCUCUCCUCAUCCCUCACUCUCUAGUGUUUAAGGGGAGUUUAUGAUUUAUCCAGGGCAGUGUCGAGGUCAGGGCUACCAAGAGCAGAGUAGUAUUUUACUGCUCCCAAUGUGUCAAACACCCCACUUACUCUCCUCCAGCCCGGUGUGCCCUGACAUGCCAGGAGUGACUAAUCCACCUGGCGUGGCUAUGUUCACUCCAUUGCACAGACACCCUGGCUGCCUCUCCUGCUUUAGUAAAUGGUCAGAUGUAACCAAGCCCCGCCUCCAAAGUGCAAUGAAAUUAGGUCAGACAAUGAGAUUCAAUGAGAUCAUAUAUUUCUUUCCAUUAGCGGGUAUUGUUAAAUGUAGUGAAUUGAUCGGGAGACAUAAAAGGUUGCAUCCAGAGCAAAGCUAUGGGAGUCAUAUUGACUAACAGGCAACAUGUGGCAAAAUGGCCCUUUUAUGAUGCAGGUUCAGGGCUGAUUGUCUCUUGGCUGUUAAUUUAUCCUUUUAACGAGCCACCGGAGGCCUUCUCGGGCAAAUAUUACUCCAUGGCUGUUGUACACUGUCUUUGAGGUUCAGUGUGCACAUUUGCAUGUGUCACCAUAUCUACAUAGCCACUGGGUGACUGUGAUGGACAAUCGUAGAGCGAACUGAAGCUCCUCUAAUCAUUGCUUUCCCUGCCCUUCUAAUCAACUCUCCUUGGACCCACUGGGAAUCCAAUGAAUGGGGUCUUGAUGACUGUACUGACUGUCCUGUAAAGGACCUUCUAAGAUCUAGGUUGCCUUUUCCUGUAGGUCAUAAGGUCAAAUGCAGGGUGACCCAUUGCUAAAGGCAAAGAUGGCUGUGUUCUUGCCUGCAUUUCUUAUCAUGGUUGUUUUUUAACCUUGAACUACAGAUGUGAGAGAAACACUCAGUACCCGUACAGGGUGAGGCAGACGUUGUUUGCCAUUGUGAUGGCUGUUAACCUUCAGAGAGGUGGAGAGAGAGAGAGAACAGGAGAGAGGAAGGCAGAUGACAAAAAUAGAGACAUCGUUUCAUGUUUGAGCACUGUCUGGCAUAUUGUAAGCCAGUGUGUUCAAUAGGAUUAUCGUCUAAUGGCCUUAGCUUAUACAUAAAUGCAACUCCUGCCAACCUGGGGUACAGUAAAUUUACUGAACGCAGCUGAUUUGUCACAGCCACUCAAUAUGAAAAUGUAUUAUUUUUACACUUCUGUCACCAAUACAAAGAAAUAUGAGUGCAACACCUGGUUUUGGGGGAGGGAGGGUUUAAAAAAAAAAAAAAAAAAAGAAUACUGACAAAGGGACAAAACUGUUGUAUGUACAUUUUGGUGUGAGCUAUCUGUGUACUAUAUAUGUAAGCAUCUUUAUUUUUCUUGUGAAAAUGUGGAUAUUUAUGAAAAUGUAAAUAUCAGAUCGACUGAGCCGGUGUUGCCCAUGUUGUAGAAGUAAAGAGGAAGGCAUUUGUGGGUUGGAUGAGCCUCAAAGGGCAUUCAGAAUGUAAUUUUUUAACCUUAUGAAUUCCUCAGUAGUUUGGGUGUUACAACAUACUGAACUGACUGAGUUUAGUUUACCCAAGGGUCCAUUUAAUUUGGGGGGAAAUACACAUGCUUGAAUUUCUUUUUUCAAGUUAAUAUUGCCUGCAUUUAUAAGCACCUAUAGUUUGAUUAUGGACAAUUGGCUUCUCCUUGACAGAUGCUCUCCACAAUGCAAAAAAAAAAAA